UUUGAUCUCCACCCUGACACUGCCUCUCGGUCUGUUCACGGUUCGGUCUCUACGGGUUCCAGGCUUCAGUUGAAGAUGUGUGGUGGUGUAAGUGAAGGCUGACUGAACCGGUUCAAGUAGGAUGUCAACAAGUGACGCAGGAGAUAGAGAGCAGAGAGCGGAGGAAGGAGAGACAGCGACUACUCAGCGCAGGACACCGCGAGCUGCACGGACCUCUGCUCUCAGAUCACAGCAGGAUGAGAGUUUUGGUGAAAGGUUCCAGCAGGAAAACCCCUCUGGUGAUGAAAGACCAGAUCAGGACCAGGACUAUCAUGGAUCAGGAGUCAGACAGGAUGAACCUCACACAAAUCUAAGAUCCGGAGCAAACAGGGUGAGACAGGACGAGGCUGCUCCCUGUGCUUGUUCACAGGUCCAGCUCCAGAAACCUUCUGGACUCAGAUUCACCUCGUCUCUCUUUUUCAUACUUUCCAAGAGUCUUAGAAUUGACACACCAGAAGUAAAACUCAAGCCGAAGCUGGACUCAGGUCCACACAGUAGCUGCAGAUAGACAUGCAGACAGGCUCUGAUCUGUUGGACCAGUAAAUGACAUUAAACACAUGAAUUCACUGACCAGAGUUCCCUCAGUGUCCACUCCACAAGGGUCUGCUGAGCCAGAACCAGAACCAGGACAGACACGAGAUAAACCCUCAUCAGGGACGUGGGGACUACAGGCUCAGGAGGUUCAUAAGGCUCCCCCAGUGUGACUGGAACACAGAGGGCUGAGACUGAGGUCGGCUGCUGUCAGGUUAACAGACGAACGUCACCACUGUCAGAAACAACCAGUGUUUGUUUGCUAGCCAGAGACGACAGCUCCAGUCAACAGGGAAGAGGAGGUUAUCACAGUGGUUUUCAAUGAAUCUGAGACUUCCAGGGACCUGGGUGCAAACCACAGUUUGUCAAAUGGUGACUUUGGACCACAUGAGCACCAUGGCUUGCAAGUACUCCCGUGUGGGGCACAACCAAAAAGGACUGGCUCUGGAUCAGUAGAGGAAGGUAUAAAAAAUCAUACAAAGUUUGAGAACCAAGAGGAUCUUGAAGAACUGUCCAGCCUUGCUGUGACCAUGCUGUCUUCCACCGUGGUAACGGUUCUUGCUCCACACUGGAGUGGCCGACUACGACGAACCAAAAGAUUUGAGGGAAGUGGAACUUCAGAUGUCCAGGGGAAUUUACAAGAUGUGACAAACACUGCAGCAAACAGUGCACAUUUUCAGGAGACUCAGAACCAACAGGGUGUGGAAAGGGUGUUGACUGAUGGAUUGCAAGCCACACUGAGAGUCCCAUUCCUGGGUACCAGGAGGAAUACAGUGGGCUGGUCAACUGUGAGUGGACCUGCAAGACUGGACUGUGAAUCUAAGAGGAAAAUGAAUCAGACGGUCUCUCUGGAUGUAAACUCUGGAAGUAUGGACAACAGGAAACUAGAUGCAAGUGCUUUAAGCCCUGUAAGCACAACUGCAUCUCCACUAUCUCCCCUGUCCCUUGACCCAAAUGAACAAAGGAGUCCACAAACUGGCCAUCAAGGAACACUCUCAGCUUUAAGCUCUAAACCAACUACCAGCAGUCUGCUUCUGUCUUUAAGAAGAAACAACAGUGGCAGGAGCUCUAAUGCAGCUUCCACCUUCUCUGAGGAAAACCCACUGGCAAGUGAUCAAGAAGGAAACCUCUUCGCAACACACCUCCCUCAAACCUUUCUCAACAAUAAUGAGCGAAAGAGGUCUAAGUCCCUCUUCUCUCCAUCGUCCAUGUCUUAUAGGACAAUUGAACCCAGGCCUGUCCUUUCCCCAUCCAACCACAGAGAAAGAAACAUAUCCGAAUCACGCUUCUUUCCAACUUCACUAAACGAAGACACAGAAGACACACCUUUCACCCAACAACCUCAGACAAGAAGUAGAACCCAGUCCAAUUUUACAUCUUCCAAACAGGCACUUGUGAGUAGAGGGGUAUCAGAGAGGCAACAGAACUGCUGUAGUUCAGACAAAAAUACAAACCUUAUCCCAGAGAGCUCAGUUUCCUCACCCAGACAUUCCCCAUAUGAUCGCACUAUCCUUCGAAAAACUCAGUCCUUUCCUAGAGGGACAACUCUGACAUCCACUUGCUGGUGGAAACAAGUUCCCCUGGAUGGAAGUUCUACCAAUGAUAGAACCAACAUCAAAGACCAGCCCAACACAUCCUUAGUCCCACCCUGUCAUGAUAAUAGUGACUUGACCUCUCCAGGUCCAACUGACAACAGAAGAUUUAGUAGUCAAAUCCCCAACAACAAUAACACAACAGAGUUAGUUUGCAAAGGUAACAUGAACCUUGUUAUGAAGACACAGGGAGGAACUCACAACCUCACCAAACAAAGAAACCCAGAAGAUUCCCCUGACCACAAAUCAGACAGGUUUGUCAAACAAGACCAUAGUUCCAAUUUAAACAACAGAGAACCGCAAAACAUUUUGUUGAGGUCUAAAAUUAGCAGAACUACAGCACAAACAGCACUGAGUCACCCUAAAGAGCUCAGUAAGCAUGAUGUAAGUAAUAGUUCAUUUACAACAAAUGUAACUGAAUUACCACCUACUUUGCUAAAUCCCAAGAGCUCAAAUACGCCCACUGAGAGCAGCAGCACAUACAAUAAUAAUCAUUGCUCAUCCAAAACCAACAGCACCCCCGCAUCUCCCCACAACAAGGACUCUGAAAAGUUUACCAAAUGGUCUCCCUCUCUUGCUACCACCAUCACUCUCAACAGUCAAGCUCUAACUUCUAAAAUUACUUCUGGUGUCCCCCUAACCCCAAACACCAAAACCAGUUCCUCCUUCCUUUCCCAUCCAGUUUCUUCUCAGACCAGUACCCAUACUUCAUCACAGUCUUUUUCCCAAACAGCCAGAUUUACCAACACAGCCACACCCAUUGGCUUUGAAAGAAACUAUGCCUCCUUUGCCAAGCCUUUCCACCCUAAAACACUGUCCAGCCUGAUUCCCACAGUUAGUGCUCCCUCUAAAUCAAACUACAGCCCAGUACCCACUGCAUCUACCACCUCUUCUACCAUUGGCAGUCAUCCUGCAGCCACAACUGUCCCCAGUCCAUCCCUCCUUGCUCCUGCCACUCCGGCCAGCACAUCUCCUCCCACCACUCUCACCCUCUCCUCUCUCCUAACGCCCCCUGCGACCCCAGUCAUCACCAGCCCCAAAGAAACUUCCAGCCCUAAGGAAAUAAGGACAUUCUCAAACAGGUCAGAGAGAGACCCAAAGAAACCCUGGGCAGAGGGAAAGAGAGUGAGAAGAGUAACAUGGGAGGACUCGGUGGAUCUGCAGCACUCUGAGCCCAUCACAGUGAAGAGGCCAGAUCCAUCUGGAGUCCCAGUUAGUCCUCUGUCUCCUGCCAGGUCCCCCCGAAGUGUUAGAGCUCCAUCCAUCUUCUCCUUUCUGAGAUCAAGCAGUUCAACCACAAAUACAUCUCCCCUGUGCUCCCCUACCCCAAAAAUCUCCAGCAUACAGGUGGGAAAAGGAGGGAAGUAUCGAUCCCUGUCAUCUGACUCUGCUGAUUUAACAUCCAGAGAGCAGGAGAAGUCCAAGGAAAGACCUAGUGAUGCUAUGAUCUUUCACCAAGAAAGAUGGGACUUAACCACACCCAGGCAGGAGAGGACACUGUCAGUGGAGUCUGGCACAGUCCAGUGCCGUUCCACUGCUCCUCUCUCUCUCCCUCCUGACUUUUCAAGUGGUUAUAAACUUCGUUACAGCUCCCCACCUUACUCCACUCUCAUGUCAAGCAGGACGUCACAGGGAGAAACUAACACUAUAUCACACAGGUCACCCCUCUUCCCACAAGCCUCUCAAUCAAUUUAUAGCUCACAUCUUUCCUUAAAAAAUGAGCCAGGUGCAUCCAAACCCCCUCUGUCACUUAUAAGUUCACCACAGACUGUAUCUUAGCCUGUUCAAAACAAAACUGCCACACAAGAAAGCUCAAAGUGUGGGGUUUCAGAAACUGAUCAAGUUAACAAUAAUCACAGCAAGAACAGCAGCCAGGAUCACCAGAUAUUACUUGUCGACAACAGAGUUCAUAUCAGUUCACAGUGUUUGCAGAGUGAUAAGGAAAACAACCCCUCCUCAACAUGUGUAACUGAGACACUGGUUUACAGCCUUAAAUCUAAAAUAGAUACAGCUGCAGCUACUGCAAAGAACACCACACCUAAACUUUUGCAACAUACCGCAAACACAGCCGUUUCUGUGGAGACCAAGUUAAGUCAACAGCCACACACCAUGCAGAGGAGGAAAUCAUCAGGUGAACCACAUAGUCAUUUAGACCAGAGCUCCAGUGGUGGCAGCUCAGCAGAGAGUCAGUCCCAAGAUGACAUAGGUUGCAACAGAAGAACAAAGGAGAGUGUACUGGGUAAAAGCAGGUUCUUUUCAGUAGAGAGCAGCAAUGAUCAAAGCCCAAAGAGAAGCCGGUUUGCACUGAAGAAAAGUGACAGCACGCCCAGCUCCAGUUCAUCAAGGUCAGACUCAGAGAGGGCCAAGACCAACAACAAAAUGGACCAGGUCCUCAACAGACUGAGACAAACAUUCAGCACUAGACGGUCUGAUGAUGAUCUGUUGUUUCCAUGGAAAUGGAAACGGGCCUCUCAGACGCCCUCUGUCAGUGAAUCAAGUGACAUCAGCAGUGUCAGUGAAGUCAUUGCUGAUGGUACCAAAACACUAGAGGAGCAAGAGCAGGAGGGGCACGAAACACAAAACAGAUACACAGUCAUUCCACCCUCAGCUGUUGGUAGCACAAUGGCAGCAGAUCAGUUCUCCAUGUGGUCAGACAAAUCAACUCCAGAGACUGACCAGGAUGAGCAAAAAGCUUGUGCAAGAUCCAAGUCUGAAAGUAAAACCCAAGUUCAUCUUAUGGCCCACAACCCAACAACGCACCACUUUGACUUUUACAGAGACAGGACAGACUAUAAACCCACAAACCAGUUCUCUUCAUGUAGAGAUCCCAGUCCUUCCAGGAACCCUAACCCCUCUGGUGGUUAUCCUACUCAAUUCAGGAAGUCUGCAUCCAGUCCCAGGAGUCCCUUCUCCCCCUUCUCCUCUCUUUCCCCUCUCUCCCCAUUUCCCUCACCUGAUGUAACAGAAGACAGCGUCUUCUACAGCCCAAAGCUGCAGCGUCGCAGGGAAUCCUCACCAUGUGAGCCAGGAGAGCAAAUGAGUCUAGGGGCUUCAAGAAGAAGCCGGGCAUCCACAGGUCCUCCAAGUGCAGGUCCAGGACCAGACAAACAGCGCUUGGCAUCCUCUUAUGCAGACUUAAAGUAUGGCAUUGAGCCUGGGAGGUCAUUUUCUGUGAGCUCUGUCCUCUCCAGUCGACCCUCGGGGCCUGGACGUAUAUCCACUGGGUCUAGAUUCAUGAGUGUGGGUGACCUCUCUGAAUCUUCCUUGAAUUGUGAAGGUAUGGGCAUGGAUCAGGGGUUUUUCCCACCUGUUUGGACCACAGAAUAUGAUGGCCAGCCCCCCAGUGACUGCAGUGGGUUGAAUUUCACCAGUGACCCUGGUAAAAUGAGAUCCAGAUCUCUUCCUCGAUCUCUGACCAGGUGUUUGGGAAACUGGAGCUCAGGAGUCUCUGAUUCUCAACCUGCCUCAAAGCCAGCCCACCUCUGGAGCCCUAACACGAACACUUGUCACUUUGUAUGGAAUGCAGACGGUCCCCCAACACCUCCUCCAACACCUCCCCUGUCACCAGUGUCCAGACGCAUGUCCAAACCCCCCAGCCUUUCCUCCCCUACCUUUCCCAGCUCUCCAGGAGCACCACAGUCAGUAGACAGCCAGUCCUCCAGAGGGCAUUUGCCCUCCAGAGGUUACAUCUCCAGCCUGAGCACCUUUGAGGAGUCUUCUGACAGCAGCUCAGACACGACAACAGAUGAUGAAUAUUACUUAGAAACAGGUGAGGGUGAACAGAAAGAGACAGAACUGUAAAUCCUUACCAACCAUCUGUGUGAUCCUGGACUUAGUGAUGUAGAAAAAGGAAAGAUGAACUGUAUUCUGUCAUGUACAGUGACCUCCUCUGCUUCUGUUGUCACAAAGGAGACCUGAGGUGAAUGGGGACAGCUGGUUGCCUGCAUAAUUUGCUUUUCAAAAGUGGUGGUUGCUGUCACAUUAAAUGAGCAAGCAUGAUAGAAUCAGCAUAAAGACGUUUUAAAGUAUGUGCAGUGUACAGUCUAUGAUCUGCAGAUCUGCAGUGUAGGGAUAAGAAAUAACCUUUGAUCAGCAUUUACAGCUGUGACAGUUGCAUGUUAGUGAGGGAUAUACAUCUGUGUAGUUAAUCUAAUAAUUAAACUUGUGUAAGGUUAGGCUCUUCAUUUAAGUCUUAUCUUUAGGUUCGCAUUUCAUCCUGCUCUUUAACAGUAAGUGCUGAGGUAAAAGAGCUAUCAUAUGAUAUUUCAUCAUCUGUCUUCUGUUUUUGAAGAUUGAAAUGACUUGUGGUAAAUGUUGUUGGCAUAAUGCAGAUAAAGUUUAUUUUCUUAGUCACUUUUUUAAACAGGCAGUGUUGCUUCUUUAAAAAUUUUUUUUACUCUGGGAUGAAAUGGUCUCCUUAUUAUUAAUAUUUGUUAACAUACAUUAUAAAGUGCUCUAAACAGUGCCUGCUCUCAUUUGCACAGUGACAAUCUAAAGUCUUAAUAUAUCAAUUUUAUAAAUAAAUGUUGUGUUUCCAACAAGA